AUGACGUUUCGAUUACAGUUUCUCACGGUGUUAGUGGGGCUGCUGGCCUUGGCCGUGUGUGAGAAGAAAAAGGAGAUUACAAGUAAGCCGAGCAAAAAUGCUGAACGCGAGAAAAAACAGGAUAAACGCGGACUGAGUCAUAUCGAGGCAGACUACGGAGGACACGAUGGCGGUUACGGUGGCGGCGAUGGCGGCGGCUUUGAAAUUGCCCACGACCUCGGCGGCGGAGAUAUCGGUGGAGGACACAUCGGUGGUGGACACAUCGGUGGCGGACACGACAUUGGCGGUGGUUAUGAUGGCGGUUAUGGUGGCGGUUACGGUGGCGGUUACGGUGGCGGCGAUGGCGGUGGUCAUGAUGGUGGUUACGGUUACGGUGGCGGUGGCGGUGGCGAUGACGGUGGCAAGAUCAAGCAGAUCACGAUCGUGAAGACCGAGAAGGUGCCUUAUCCGGUCGAGAAGAAGGUUCACUAUCCGGUGGAAAAAGAAAUUCCGUAUCCGGUGAAAGUGCCAGUACCGCAGCCCUAUCCGGUUGAGAAAAAGAUCCCGGUACCGGUGAAGGUUUUGGUAAAGGUACCGGUUCACAUACCGCAGCCGUAUCCCGUUGAGAAGAAGGUGCCUUAUCCGGUUCACGUGCCGGUAGAAAGACCGAUACCCUACAAAGUAUAUAUCCCCCAGCCGUAUCCGGUCGAAAAGAAAAUACCGUAUCCAGUGAAAGUACCGGUACCGCAACCGUUCCCAGUGGAGAAGCCCGUGCCGUACACUGUGAAGGUUCCAGUGCAUGUAGCGCAACCCUUCCCCGUGGAGAAGCCAGUACCGUACCCCGUGACAGUGCCCGUCGAUCGACCGUACCCAGUACACGUGGCUAAACCAUAUCCGGUCCCAGUUGAGAAACCAGUACCGUAUCCAGUUGAGAAGAAGGUACCCUACCCAGUCAAAGUUCAUGUGGAGCGACCAGUAGGAGUGCCCGUAGAGAAACCAGUGCCCUACCACGUUAAAGUACCGGUACCGGCGCCGUAUCCAGUAGAGAAGCCAAUACCUGUGCCGGUCGAGAAACCGGUGCCCUACGCCGUAAAAGUGCCUUACGAACGACCCGUGCCGGUUCACGUGACGAAGCCAGUGGCUGUGCCGGUGCCUAAGCCGGUACCGUAUCCCGUAAAAGUGCCGGUGGCGGUACCAGUGCACGAGCACGACUCCGGGAUUGGAGGUGAUGAUUACGAGUCCAGCUUCGGGGGACACUCGGGAUAUUAG